UGAGUAUGUCCAGUUUGCAACAACAUGGCAAGCCUAACCUAUGAGGGUUGUAAUUUCUUCAGACAGAGACUAGUGCUCUCCACUCUGAGCGGGAAAAGGGUUAAAAUCCGAAACAUACGACCUAAAGAUGAUAAUCCUGGUUUGCGCGAUUUUGAAGCCAGUUUCAUUAGACUUCUCGAUAAGGUAACCAACGGGACAAGAAUUGAGAUCAACCAAACGGGAACCGUGCUCUUUUACCAGCCGGGGUUAUUGUACGGGGGGACCGUGGAGCAUGACUGUAACACCCAACGCGCGGUGGGGUAUUACCUGGAAGCACUGAUCAUGUUGGCGCCGUUCAUGAAGAGCCCCCUGAAAGCCGUUCUGAAAGGCGUCACUAACGACCAGACCGAUCCAUCUGUUGACUUGCUGAAAGCUACGGCUAUUCCUCUGAUGAAGAAAUUUGGCAUUGAUGGCGAGUCUUUGGAAAUAAAGGUGGUGAAGAGAGGAAUGGCCCCAGGGGGCGGUGGAGAGGUGCUGUUUACCUGUCCUGUGCGGAGAACCAUCCGUCCUGUUCAGAUGACGGAGGCCGGAAAAAUCAAGAGGAUCCGCGGAACAGCAUACUCUGUGCGAGUGUCUCCUCAGAUGGCCAACAGGAUUGUGGAUUCGGCCCGAGGCGUUUUAAACAAAUUUAUCCCAGAUAUUUACAUCUACACAGACCACAUGAAAGGAGGACACUCGGGCAAGUCUCCUGGGUUUGGGCUGACAUUGGUGGCAGAGACAGUGGAUGGCAUGUUCCUCAGUGCGGAGCUGACGUCCUCGCCACAGGGACGAGGACAGCCCACGCUCCCUGAAGACCUGGGCAGGAACUGCGCCAAACUACUGUUGGAGGAAAUCUACAGGGGUGGCUGCGUGGAUUCGACCAAUCAGAGUCUGGCUCUGCUGUACAUGACACUGGGCCAGCAGGACGUGUCCAAAGUUCUCCUGGGACCCUUGUCUCCAUACACGAUUGAGUUUCUCCGGCACAUCCGAGACUUUUUCCAGAUCAUGUUCAAGAUUGAGACGCAGAAACCUGGUGAAGAUGAGAAGAAAGGCGGGGACAAAGUGCUGAUGACCUGUGUCGGGGCUGGUUACACUAACAUUAGCAAAUCUAUUAAAUAAAGCUGAAUUUAAUGAUUACCAAAUUCAGCAAAAGAGUCAUUCAGUGGGAAGUGCCAUCGCCUACUUAAGGGUCUUGUUUUAGUACAGGCUGAGGUUUUUUGUAUUGGUUUUCUGAUGUGUUUUUGUGUUUUUGGAUAAUGGUUUUAUGAUUGAACAGUGCUGUAUUGGCUGUGUAUGUAAAUAAAUACAGUAUUAUUAAACAUGCUCUUUUGAUCCCUC